AUGACGACGGAAGAGAUGAUGACGAUGUUCUCAAGCAACUUGUUUGAGAACAGCAGCAGUUAUAGCAUGCCGCCCUUGUCAUCCAUUGAAGAAGAAGAAGAGUCUACAAUCUCUGUCUCUGAUGAUGAUGAUGAUGAUGAUGAUGAUGCAGAUAGUCUUUUCUCCAUUGAUUUUAAUUUGAAUCAUAAUAAUAUGCAUAAUAGUUAUAAGGAGGAGGAGGAGGAGGAUAGGGAAGUUUGUUAUUAUUAUUAUUAUGUAGCAGUGGGGAGGAAGAGCGAGUCUAGCAUGGAUGCCCUUCUCUGGACGGUUAACCACGCAGCUACUCCUCAAUCAUCAUCCACUUCACUAGUCUAUGUUGUCAUCGUCCAUGUCUUUCCACCUCUUCAAUUCAUUCCUUCUCCAUUAGGAAUGCUUCCAAAAAGUAAAGUGAGCCCAAAGCUGGUGGACGAGUACAUGGUCCAAGAAAGAGACAGAAGGAGAAAGCUCCUUGAGAAAUACGUUGAUGCCUGUUCAGCUGCCAAGGUCAAGGUGGAUGUUAUGCUUAUUGAGAGUGAUACGGUUUCCAAGGCUAUCCUAGACCUAAUUCCAACUCAAAACAUCAAAACACUUGUUGUUGGAACCACCAAUUCCAGUAUGAGGAAAUUGAGGUCUAAGAAAGGAAGUGGGAUUGCUAGUCAGAUUCUACGAAAUGCACCUAAAACAAGCUGCGAAAUUCGGAUCAUCUGCAAGGGCAAGGAAGUGAUGGAUCAGGAUCACACGAUUACAGGGUCGAUUUCCUCACGUAGCAGCAAUGCAAAUUCCUUGUCUACGCAAGAGGAAGAUGAUAAUCAAGAACUACCAAUCUCACCAGAUUAUAAUAAGCAAGGGCUGCAUUACACGCUUCCUGCAGUGAAAUCUCCAUCAGCAAUUCCGGACACUACUACUUCUGCUCCACUUCUGUCUUUAAAUGGAUACAAGGCAAUGUGGAGGGGAAAACUAAAACCAAAAAAACAGCUUGAUUUUGCUGUGUAA